AACCACCACGUUUCUACCAUGUCCUCACAAGCUAGUCGCGGGGCGUCACAUAGCGGCGUCCUCCAUGAAUAUGCUCCCAAACUCGUGGCCUUUGAGUUCACCCCACCAACAGAGGGCAUCAACAAGACAAAUAGCCUUAUCUUCGUGGGCGGAUUGACAGAUGGAUUCUGCACUGUUCCCUAUGUCGCCAAGCUAGCCAAAGCUUUAGAAAAUACCGAUUGGUCGGUCUUCUCUGUCCUACUAUCGUCCUCCUAUGCCGGAUGGGGAGUCGGAAGCCUUGAUCGCGAUGUAGAAGAAAUCGGGCAAUGUGUGCGGUUCAUUCGCGAUCUCAAGGCGUCACGCCAACCCGGCGCACCGACAAAAGCUGGAAAGAUUGCGGUCAUGGGACAUUCGACCGGAAGCCAGGACGUGCUCCACUACCUUUAUUCGCCGAACCCCGUGCCGCACAAGGAGUUUGAUUUCGGCCUUCAGCACAUGGUCCGCCCUGAGCUUGAUGGUGCUAUUAUGCAAGCGCCUGCCUCUGAUCGAGAGGGUCUGCAGGCUAUUAUCGAUUCCUCUACACAGCCCGACGAGCUUCGAAAGGUCUACGAUCAGCUUGUAAGCUUUUCCAAAGAGCAACCUUACACAGCAGAGAAGAACGACACAAUUCUACCAUUGAACUUGACUGCGAAGCUUUCGUAUCCUCCUGACACGCCUCUCAGUGCCCGGAGAUUCUUGAGUCUAGUCAGCCCUCAGAGCCCCGGCAAUCCAUCUGAGGACGAUCUCUUCAGCUCCGACUUGAGUGAUAAGCGCUUGGAAGAGACCUUUGGGAAAGUGGGAACUCAGGGCAUUGUCAAAUCAAAGUUAUUGGUCUUGUAUUCUGGUGAAGAUGAGUAUUGCCCGCAUUGGGUGGACAAGGAAAAGCUGUUGCAGAGAUGGCAGCAGGCCACCGAAGCGGGAGGCGCCAAGUGGGAUGCGGAAAACAGCGGGGUCAUUCCUGGAGCCAGCCACAAUGUCCACGACGAAGGUCAGCAGGACCUCAUUGAGCGAGUUCUACGAUACCUCCAGGCCCUCUAA